AUGCCGUCGGUGGACAUGCUCCUGACGGCAGAGACCGCGCCAGCGUACGCGAACGGCGUCGGUGCGCUGGAUGGCGCCUCCCACGCUGUAGAGGUCGACGGCGGAAACCUCAACUAUGCCUUCAGGGUGUCAUGUGCGGACGGCAACUCCAUCUUCCUCAAGCAGACGCCUGGCUUUGUCAAGGCUCGCUUGCUUCAUUCCGCUCUCUGCGUAGACUCCACAGUGCUGAUCCUCGAGUACCUCGGCACGAGCGUGCUGCUGCACGAGAGGCUCGUGGAGGGCCACGUCGACAGUGGUGUGGGGCGCGCCCUCGGCCACUUCCUCGGCGCGGCGCACGCGCUGCAGCUCGAGCACCUCUUCUCCAAGUGCUACCGCGAGGACGCGCGCGCCGCGGCGCUGCGCGAGGACGCGGCCUUCAUGGCCGCUGCUCUCAAGGCGCGGUACGGCGGCGAGGGCGGCACCGGCCUCGCGCUCUGCCACGGCGACAUGCACGCUGGCUCGGUGAUGGUCGACCCGGCCUCGGGCGCGGUCAAGGUGAUCUUGAAAUACGUCCUAUGGCGCUAUGCGCUGGUCUGGUGCAAGCUGGCGCUGCUCACCUCGAAAAGCGUCGUCGCGUACGUGCGCGAGAAACUCGCCGGCGUGCCGUCGCUGCCGUUCGCACUCGACGCCGAGCUGGUCGUCCGCGACAUCACCGACGGCAACCUCAACUUUGCGUUCUCUGUGGGCGAGGCAGCGGAUGAGGCUCGCGCAGUGUUUGUGAAGCAGGCGCCGGGCUACAUCAAGGUCCUCGGCGAGGCGUUCAAACUGGCCGCGGAGCGCAUGGUGCUCGAGAGCGAGGUGAUGCAGGCGUACGCGGCCCUCACGCCUGACUACGUCCCUCGCUUCAUCCUCCGCGACCCAGAGAGUUUUGUGAUGGUGACCGAGUACCUCCAUGGCUACGUGCUGAUGCGCAGCGCGCUGAUGUCUCGCCGCCUGCAGGGCACCGCGGCGGUUGAGGAGGUCGCGCGCUUCAUGGCCGUAACUCACUCGGCGACAUGGAUCGGAACUGCCGGCGCCGAGCGCUGGGGCACGGUCAACAACGAGACGAUGUGCGGGAUCACGGCCGACUACGUCUUCUCGAAGCCGCUCGACGCGGCCGACGGGACGAACCGCUGCUCGAGCGGUCUCACCGACGUGGCUGCCGCCCUCCGCGCCGAUGCGGCCCUCUGCGAGGGCGUGCUCGCCAUGCGAUCGACUUUCCUAAUGACGAAGCAGUGCCUCGUGCAUGGCGACCUGCACACGGGCUCGGUGAUGGUCCCGGCCGACGGCGGCACGGGCCCCGCAAAGGUGAUCGACGCCGAGUUUGCCUUUUUCGGCCCCGCAGCGUUCGAUGUCGGUUCGUUUGUCGCCAACUUGGUGUUUGCGGCAUCGCUCGGCCCCUCGCCAGAGGUGCACGCCAUGAUCCACGCCGUGUGGGUCACAUACGUCGGGGCAACGACGCCGCUCAAGUCCGACAACGCCGCGACGGCCGAGAUGCUCCAGCUCGCAUGUGGCUUCUGCGGCUGUGAGCUGAUACGGCGGAUUGUCGGCGCCGCGCAUGUGGACGAUCUGGAGAAGGCCCCGGAGGCGAUCAAGCUGACCGCGGAGAAGACGGCACUAGCGAUCGGCUGCCGCUUAGUCAAGGGGAGGGAGGGCAUCGGCUCGAUCGAUGCGCUUCUCGCGAUCGUCCAGGAGGAGGUUGGCAAUCCGGCGCACGCGAGCUUGUGA